AUGAGGAAAAACUUUCAUUUGGAUGCAUCAUUUGGCUCACCUGAGCUUAUGAAAGAGGUCACCAAACGUACCUUCGUUGCGGCAGAUGAAUCACGGCUGGAUAACCUUGGUCUCCUCAAACUCGUAAUCUUAUCAUUUUUUCGUUCAUCAUCCGACUUCGGUCACCAGGUGAUGGGUGAGCUGUUUGUCAUUGAUGCAUUGGCUCUAGGAGUCUAUCUCCCUUGGCAUUAUUUUCUCUUCACCGGUCCUUCACAAUGUCUUUAUCCCGAGGAAAUAGUGAAAUCUCAUCCACAGACAAAAGCUCUCCAGGAUUCUCAAGUACAUCCAGCCCACCAAGUUCAAAAAACCAGAAUUUCGAAAUUUCUGUCAUCAGUUCAUAACCGCACAUUGGUUCACCAAGCUGAGAAGCUCUUGAAUUUCGAACAUGGGGACUCUCCAAGCCCAAGCAGGUCUGAAGGCCCUCGAUCGCAAUUCAAACGGACGACGCUCAAACAGGCUGCUUCACUAGAUUCCAAUCCCACAUCCCGGCUCAAGCGACAGUUAUCUGAAUGUUCGAAAGUCAGGAGACCUCUGGAUGCAACGCCGCUUGGACUCACAGAAACCUAUGAAGAAGCUAAGCUGAAUCUCCAGAGCUUAGCAUCUGGUCACUCGUCAAAUAAUUUUCAUCCCAGAGCGUUCACCUCCAAGCGGGCCACAGCUUCUUUACCUUAUGUUACUCAUCUGGUACCAAGAAGCAUCUUGACUGAAAGCCUUCCGCAGAAACCAGCUGAGAAUUAUCUGUUCAAAGCUCUCCCGAGGCUACCAACUGAGGGACAACUUGCUCAAUCAGAAUGGACGACUGACCUAGGCCGGUCGUCGUCUGCUCCCACUAGGGUUCGUUUCGCCGAUCCUAUGGUCCAGUACAAUCCCACACCUGCAGCGCGUGAAUCUUGCGAGUUCUCCCAAUUCGAGCUCUCCAAGAAUCCCCACACAAGUCGCAAAACUGACCUGAUGGCAUUCCCCAAAAGCUGCAUUAAAUCUACGGGCCAAUACCACCAAGUGCAAGGAAAACAUUCUCUUUCCGCAAAGCGCACCGAUAGUUCACCGCCGGCGAGGCUUUGUGAUUCUCCACUAGAAGAAGAAUUUCGCGCCAGCAUCAGUUUUAUGUCUGAAUUAAUAUUCCCAGAAGAUCCUGACCAAGGCGCCGGCAGCGAACCUUCGGUAGCAGCUGGGGCCGGCGGCGCCAAAGGCUUGAGUUCAAAAGCCAUUCCACUCUCGAUCAGUAGCAACGUUGAGAAAGAUGUUCGCUCACGAUCUACUGAUCAUGAGCUUGAGCUCAGGAAACUCAAGCAAUUCAAAGGAAGCAUCAGAAACAUGCCGAGUGGCCCAGCUCAGAGUGCACUGCCCAUACCCGCGGGAGUUCUUCAAUCAUCAUCGGCACCUUCCACACCGUCAAACCAAGGGUCGUAUCAACCAAAGCAAGAUAAACCCCUACAUGUACCGAGUCAACUGGAGAACGAGUCUAGCCAAUACGCAAACGACUAUCGUGAUAAGAAUACUCCCAAGUUCUCUAUGUCACCUAAAAUUAAAAGAAUUGAGGUCUCGAAUCUCCAAGGCACGGCCACCCAACUCCAACAAGGAAGGAAAAUAUUACCGACGUCUGGGAAGGUAACAAUAACAGGACGUAGUUGCCCUCUCGAGGGAUCCAAGGGUUUCGCUCCGACUUAUCCAAGCCAACCUCCCGGAAAUAGGAAGCUGGAUGCCAUCCCCGACUUGCCGAGUCCAAUCGUUGAUGAUCUUACUCAGUGUCGCCGGACGAUAGUGACGCCUCAAGUCCAGACGGAAGAAACAAGAAACUUGGGCAAGAGAUCCUUCCGAGAAAGGACAGACAGGAGCCCGACCGUUUCGCCUCAGCAAGUCUCGCCGUUGACGCUACCACCAAGGGGCUCAAGAAAGCAGUCCACUAUCUGCCCAGAUUCCCCAUCCUGGAAAGAAUCCCGCUCACCCUACAAGCGUUUGAAGGAUCUUCAAUCGGUUGGACGCACGGGACCGAGAGAUAUUAACACCAUCGUUACCGGUGGCUCGGAAGGUCCUCGGUCCGACUUGGAACCGGGAGAGAUUAGCCCUCGUUUUGACUCCGAGUAUAUGUUGAACACUGAGGUGUCUUUGGAAGAUAUAAAGGCAGAUGCUCGAUUUUCUAACCCACCCUCGGUCUCUUCAGAAGCUCCAAGCACCUCCAGUCGAACAGACUUUUCGCCGGUCCCUUCCCCACCAGCUCCGAUUACGACAACACUGGAAUCUUGGAGGCAUGACCUUGCCCCUGCCAAUCUUGAAGAAGCUUGCCAUCAGUAUGGUCAAUCAGAAGCGACAAAGCCAUGUAUUAUAGACGCUCAGGAUGGGACCAGUAAAUGCCAAACUCCAUUUCAAUGCGUAGUGGUCUCCGAAACAGAAGAAUUGAUUCCAAGAGCUCUAGAGCCUUCUAUCUAUGAUGAAGCCAAGAGCCCCCUCGGCCUUGAAUCUAAGGAGUCCAUUGACCGGCCAAAUUGUCGAAAAGAACCUGAACCGGUUCCUCGCGAAUUGUUAGGCAUGUUUGGCGAAGAUAUGAUAGAAGAUCAGAUUGUGGAGAAGGCUCAAGAGACGACGAUGAAGCAAACGGAAGAUACCGUCGAAACUGGAACCGAUAGGUCGGAAGCCGCCGUCACGACGAGUACGAGACCUCAGUGUUUUUGCACAUGCUCCAAAAGAUGGGAGAAUUGGAAUUUAUAUCUAAGAGACAAGGAAGAUGAGCCAAUGAAGUGUUCUUCGCAAAGUUCUAGCGCUGGACGGUCCUCAAUUUCAAGCCACACUGAUGAUUCAUUCCUGUGGCACUCAGCUCCUCAAAUUGCUAUCAUCAAACCCGAGGAGUGCCUUUUCUCCGAGCUGAAAUCCCCUCCGAUCUAUCUCGAAGGACUCCGGUUCUCGACGAGUAGGACCAGCGUGGACUGUGAACCCGGUGCCGAUAAACAGUUUAUCGUCGAAACAACAAAUGUUGAAAAUGAAGAAAUAAUCAGGUUGGAUGCUGAUGGCCUUCCAGAACCAGUCCAGACUACACGCUGCGUCAAUUCGCCCCCUGAAGAUCGAAAACAAAUGUCCCAUCCAUCCAUCCAGGCACUUCAGAACGAUCGGCUUCAGAAUCAAACAACUGAUUCCAAUUUUACUGCAAUAAUUAUGAAACCACCGCCGAUGAAAAAACGUUCCUUAAGUUGCAAAGGAUCAGAGACCAAUGAUCGACCAGAAACACCGCGUAGAUACAGGCGCAGGCGCGACCAUUGUAUGAGCAAAAUGAACGGAAAGGAAUGUGAAGACCGAACUCUCUUGUCCCCCGUAGAACUCUCUAGUUCAUCGACGCUGGAGGAAUCCAUAAACAAUUCCACAUGUCAAUCAAUCCCAUUUGACCUUGCCAGACGAACAUCCACGAUUAUAACGAAAUUCGAGUUCUCGAUCCUGAGCUUUCCUCAAACGAUUUUGCAUCGCAUACUUGUUGAAUUAGAUUACCUGGACUUUUUCAGACUCAGUCAAGUCUCGCAUGUCCUGAGAACGGGCUUUAGUGUUGGAGAAGUACAGGAAGUGAUUCUCAAAGUCUUCUUGGGUGAGCUUGGAUACAGUGAUUCCCUGCCAAGUAGCUCUCGAUCUAGAACAAUUACCCACAAAUUCCUAAGUCCUAAUCCGACGGUCGAGCUCGAUGGCGGUGAUGUUGUCCUAAAACAAAACGACGGCAGUGUUACUCGGAGAUAUCCGCUCGAAAUUAACUUACAAGAGCUUCAUGCCUUUCAUUAUCUUCGACAGGCAGGGGAAAAGAGCUUUCUUGAAUUGGCCAACCGACCGACGAGCCACCGGCCAAGUGCUUUGUCAGCCAUCCAAGCUUACUGUCGCCUUCAUAAUAAACUUGUAAUUCGGGCUCGCUUGAGGUUCGAAGAUCCAUCCAAUCCAAUCCAUCUGCAAUCCCAUCAGUUCCGGAGCAGAAAACCCCAUUCCGAGAUCUUCUCCCCCGGUAAAGUAGUCGUCUUUCGAUUGUGGAUUCCGGGUGAAAAGAAGCCAAUGUCGAAGGCCGAGUUGCUGAAAUGUGAGAUAGAGAUGUUGAGAUCUGGAAUUCAGGCUUUCGCCCGAAGAGGUGAUAUUUUUUGGAAUGCCGCAUUGGGCAGUUCUGACAACACCGGAAGACUCAUUUACGAUGGCCAGCAUCUCCAGGAACUACAAGUCUUGUGGGAUUCAGUUGGACAUCUUCCAGACUGGCUCAACAUGUUUCUUUUCCCUCCGUCAUUUUAUCACCAUACAAUCAAAUCCUCAAACUUGAAUCCGAUAUUUUAUCUUGACUUGACCGACUUCAAAGAGCAACUGAUAAAUAGCUUGAGCUUGGUUGAUCAUCACGAACCUCACGAGACCGCGGAGGACCAAAGCCAGCAGGGAAUGCUCAAUUAUCUAGCCUUGGUUGAAAUCCGAGCUGGAACGAAAACAGGCGUGUUAGAAGGAAUUGAAUGUUUCUCAAAUACUCAUCACGAGUACAUCCUUCCAGAAUGUAUACAUCCGGAUUGGGUCGGCAAACUCAUGGUUGAGAUCCAAGUGAGUUCGCUAGAGAAACUGGAUCAACUGCUCUCCAAAUUCAACAAAGCCAGACCGGAAGAUUUCUUCAGCCUUGGCUUUGAUCACGCCUCCUCGCCGGAAGAAACUCGACAUCGCACAGUCUCUCGACUCAAAUCCGCCCAACUCUCUCCAUGGAGAAUCAUCCGUCAAAAAAGUUCUCCAGGUAUGGUUUGGAUUCGUUUACCCAUUCGCGCUUGA